AUACAAAUAGCUAAUAGUAAUAAUAUGCUUAAAGUUGUUUUUUGGUUUAGCCUUUUUGCAAAAAUAAAAAAUACAUCAAAAUAUAAAAGUGGAAAGAGAUUAAAAAAAAAAAGUCAUAGUUAUGAGGUAGGAAACUCAUGAGAGAAAAAGUUGAAAUUAUAAUAUAAAGCCAUAAUUAUGAGAUAAAAAGUCAAAAUUCUGAGAUAAUAAAGUCAGAAUUCAUCCAAAUUAUUAUCAUAAUUUAGAGCCUGGCUCUUCUCACUCAACCUCAGUGACCCUUGACCCUCUGGAUGAACCGAAAUUCCCCCCAGACACUUUUUUUUAAUUAUUAUUUUUAUUAUAAAUGUAGUUGAAUGGAAGCUGCCGCGCUGCUCUGGCUAAGCAAACAUGUCAACAUAAAAACACCACUGAGGCAAACUGGUACCAGUCCUUGCUUUCACUGGUUUCAUGUUUGGAGAAAGUUGGCUUUGCUUCUUCCAAAAAAAAAAAAAAAAAAAGAUUUCAGUUCCUUUGGUACUUUGUUUGCGUACAAUUCAUGUCAGAGAAAAACGAUACCGAUAUGAACCGAUUCAUUCAUUUUAAUGCCAGUAUCGGCUUUACAUCCAUGCUCAUCAAGACUUGAUUUUAAUGUUGCGUGGUCAGCUUUUACCCUGCUGGCUCAUCAUGUCAACUGAUAUCACGUGUCCUAUCCAGUUGCUUGCCAGUGCCGGCCUUAUCCAUACCGCCGCUCCUUUCUCCCAAAUUCUUCGUUUUGUCGCUACGUUGCCUGGUGAUGUAAUACAUAGGCUCGGUUUAAAGGUUGCGCAACCUAAUUGGUGACAUGGACGCGCCUCCUUUUGACAGGAGAACAGGAGUGUAUGCGGUGUUUUGAGUCGCUCGUGAGCCGUGUCGACGUAUCAAAUUCCUGCUUAAGUAUUAAUAAGGGCUUUACGGGUCCGCAGGAGGCCGCAAGAUUCAAGUGCACGCCUUGAAUCUUGCAUGAGUGUGAGUAACCGCGAUCCCUCAAGUUGUGGGGAUGUAAAUCUGUUCACACAUGCACAAUGUUAUCGGAAUACAGCGUAAUGUUCCCUUGCAGGCACGUGUGUGUGUGUGUGUGUGUGUGUGUGUGUGUACAGGAGGGUAGCUCGUAGCCUGUUCAUUUUUCCUGUCGCGAUCACGAGUCUCGUGUAUCUGACAUAAGAAAGCGACUCCAAGGGCCAAGUUUCAUAAAGUUUGAACCAAUGCUGUAAAACCCCAAGAGGCGACCAGACUUACACGCUGCAAGAAUGGAAGUACGGUAAGCCGGACAUCUAUUCCACAUUUUCAAAAAGAGCACACACUGUAUUGAUAGAACAAGGUACUAAGUUGAUUAUUGCGGUUGUAGAAUUGUCGACGCGACGAUAAUUAAAACAAUGAGGCUCUUGAACGGAACUCUUCUUUGGAAGAGUUAGAAAAUGUAAUUUUACAGGGUGUCACUAAAGUCUGGGCACAAAAAAGUGUAAAUUAUACAAAUACUAAAAAUGUAACAUUGAUUACAAAAAAAAAAAUAUAUAUAUAUAUAUAUAUACGUGUGUGUGUGUGUGUGUGUGUGUGUGUGUGUGUGUGUGUAUGUAUGUAUAUAUAUAUAUAUAUAUAUAUAUAUAUAUAUAUAUAUAUAUACACACACACACAUAAUUUUAAUAUAUUGUAAUUAAAUGUUUUUAUUUUUAACAUUCAUUUGAAUUACUUACUUGAUAGUUAAUUAUUAAAUGUAGUUUUGUAUUACAUUUUUGGGGUCUUAUGUAAAAUAUUAUACAGUAUGAGUAUAUUAUAUGUAAAAACCUAUAGGGACACCAGGUAUAUACAAGUAUCUAACCAUUUUUAUUAUUUUUUGGAUAGUUAUUAAAUGUCUUAAUUAUUACAUUCAUUUUUGGGGUAUUAUAUAAAAUAUACAGUACUGUAUGCGUAUAUUAUAUGCCAAGUUGUUAAUUAUGACAUGUAUUAAGCAUGAAUUAAAUGUGGCUUUUCUGGUAUUACGUAACACUGCACGGUAUAUGUAUGUUAUAUGGCAAGAUUUUAGGGGCACCCUGUAUAUGCAGUGGUGUUAAAAAGUGCCGAUUUCUUAUUUUUUUGCAUGUUAGUCACACUGAAAUGUUUCAGAUGAUCAAACAAAGUUAAAUAUUAGUCAAUGGCAACACAAUUGAACACAAAAUCCAGUUUUUAAAUGAAACUUUUUAUUAUUAAGGGAGAAAAUAAAUCCAAACCCACAUGUCCCUGUGUGAAAAAGUGAUUGCCCCCCUAAACUUAAUAACUGGUUGGGCCACCCUUAGCAGCAACAACUGAAAUCAAGCGUUUGUGAUAACUUGCAAUGAGUCUCUUCCAGCGCUGUGGAGGAAUUUUGGCCCACUCAUCUUUGCAGAAUUGUUGUAAUUCAGCCACAUUGGAGGGUUUUCCAGCAUGAAGCACCUUUUUAAGGUCAUGCCACAGCAUCUCAAUAGGAUUCAGGUCAGGACUUUGACUAGGCCACUCCAAAGUCUUCAUUUAGUUUUUCUUCAGCCAUUCAGAGGUGGACUUGCUGGUGUGUUUUGGAUCAUUGUCCUGCUGCAGAACCCAAGUUGGUUUCAGCUUGAGGUCACCAACAGAUGGCCGGACAUUCUCCUUAAGAAUUUUUUUGGUAGACAGCAGAAUUUAUGGUUCCAUUUAUUACAAGUCUUCCAGGUCUGCCCCAGACCAUCACACUACUACUACUACUAUGAUGUUCUUUUUCUGAAAUCUGCCAUUACUUUUGCGCCAGAUGUAAUGGGACACACACCUUCCAAAAAGUUCAACGUUCGUCUUGUCAGACCACAGAGUAUUUUCGUAAAAGUCUUGGGGAUCAUCAAGAUGUUUUCUGGCAAAAUUGAGACGAGCCUUAAUGUUCUUUUUGUUCAGCAGUGGUUUUGGUCUUGGAACUCUGCCAUGCAGGCUGUUUUUGCCCAGUGUCUUUCUUAUGGUGGAGUCAUGAACACUGAGCUUAACUGAGGCUAGUGAGGCCUGCAGUUCUUUGGAUGUUGUUGUGGGGUCUUUUGUGACCUCUUGGAUGGGUCAUUGCUGUGCUCUUGGUGUAGGUUCAUCGACUAAUAUUUAAAUUUGUUGGAUGAUCUGAAACAUUUAAGUGUGACAAGCAUGCAAAAAAAAUAAGAAAGCGGGAAGGGGGCAAACACUUUUUCACAGCAAUGUAACUAACAUUAAUUUUAAUAUUUUUUUUUAAAUGUCCAGACUUUAGGGACACCUUGUAUAUAAAAUCCUUGCAUACUUAAAAUCUCUCGGGUUCUCUUGGCUUGUAUUCAGUCUUGUUGAGCACGGUGUCUUUUGCUGUCCCAAAACCUGAGAUAAUUCCCACAUUGAAUGUACAUUAGAAUGUCAGUCAGUACUUUAUGAGGACGGCCUCUUUGCAUCUUUGGUGGUUUUCUAGCAUGAGUUCAUCGCCUGCAUAGAAACACCUGCACACAUUUGAGUCGACACUGGGGGGAAUCAGUUUCAUCAAAGCGGGACCGGCAGCUUCUCUCACCCGCAUGGACCAAGGGACACAUCAGGCAGCCCCCGCCGAGGUCGACGUGGAUCUGGGCUUCGCGCUCUUCUUCCUCUGCCUUUUGUGUUUCUUCCUGCUGGUGACGGUGGUGCGAUGCGCCCAGACGGUGGUGGACCCUUACGGCUCCAUCUCCACCUCCACCUACCAGGAGGAGCAGAUUACCUGAAGGCCGGGAGAAUUCAUGCACCACACGCAAAACUGCACAAAAGCUCACUCACAAAAUGCAUGGGCGGAGUGACUAUACAGUAGCAGAGUACACACUUGUCAACUACUGGAUGUGUUGUCAUAAAGAGUACAUGAUUAAAAAUUAAAAACUGUGAUUACAUUAAAACAGUUAGGCAGUGUGCUUGAACGCCUCAUGUGAACAGCCCCAGCAUAGUGCAGAAGAAAGGAGAAAGACACGAAGUUGCUCAUUGUUCUGUGUGUGCGUUUGUAUGAACAAAUAAGACUUUCUUUCUCCCCAAAAAUGUCUAGUAUUGUAUAGGUUAAUUACAAAACUAAAAACAAAAAGACAGUGGUAUUACCCAAAAUAAAAGUCAUGUGAAUAAGUCAAUAUAUAAUAAUAAAAUUAUAAAUACAACAAUUAACAUCAAAUUUAAAUAAUCACAGCUACAUUUACGCUAUAC